AUGUUUGCUGUGUUUUGUAAUUUCAAGUGCUCCUAUUCAAAGAUGUAUUUUACAAUACAAAAUAAUCUUUUAUCAGUUCUCUCAAUGACAAGGGGUCCCCUAGGACUUCUCAAACACUUUAAGAACAAUUUGCAAUCGUGUCAUUGUCCAAACACUCGAAAGUUCUCCUUUGACCCAGUCAACAUCUUCGACCGCAAUGCAAAGAGAAUUCAACGCGAAAGAGCAGCAAAUUCCCAAGAUGUGGAAUUGUAUGACUACAUCAAAGAUGAAGUGGGAUAUAGGUUGGCAGACAGGGUGUUUGAUGUGAAAAAGAAAUUUAAUGUGUGCGUAGACUUAGGUGCAAGUAGAGGAUUCGUAUCCAAGCACAUAUUGGCGGAUACAGUGGAGCACCUAAUUAUGUGUGAAAUGAGCCCCACGAUGCUCAAACAGGCAGAAUCAACUCCAGGAGUAAAAGUGACAAAGACCGAAGUGGAUGAGGAGGUCUUUAGUGAGAAUAUAGCCGAUGAAUCAGUGGAUUUGGUAAUAUCAAAUUUAAGUCUGCACUGGAUUAAUGAUCUACCCGGAUGCUUUGUGAGAAUUAUGAAGUGUCUUAAGCCAGAUGGGGUAUUUAUGGCAAGUCUAUUUGGCGGUGAGACACUCUAUGAACUCAGAUCAGCACUGCAUUUAGCAGAAAUGGAGCGAAAAGGUGGAAUUUCGCCCCAUAUCUCUCCAUUUGCCCACAUCCGAGACAUUGGCGGCCUGUUGAACCGAGCAGGAUUCACGAUGUUAACCAUUGACACAGAUGAAAUUGUGGUCGGAUAUCCAUCCAUGUUUGAGCUGAUGUGGGAUCUUAAAGGCAUGGCUGAAAAUAAUGCAGCAUUCAACAGAUCUCUUCACCUUUAUCGAGAAUCAUUGAUUGCUGCUUCUGCAAUUUACGAUGAUAUGUACAAGAAACCGGAUGGUGGAGUUUCAGCAACAUUUCAAGUAAUCUACUUAGUAGCUUGGAAACCUUCGCCAAACCAACCAAAAGCCUUACCACGAGGCUCUGGAAAAGUAUCCCUCAAGGAUCUUGAUAAAGUUGUUGAAGGAAAAAUCAAAUAAACGUAUAUUGUACAGAAAAUCCCAUUUUACAUUAUACAUAAAUUAUCCAUAUAUAUUUUCUUUGUCAAUCAGCAUACUAAAUUCUAAGAUUUUAUUUAAGUAAUCGAAGUAGUCCAAUUAAGUAAUUAAACAAAAAAAAAACUUUGAAUCUUUCAGGAUUUUGAA